GAUAUCGAUUUACAAAAUUUUGAGGUUUCAAACUACUUCUAUCAGAUUCAAUUAUUCUACUCAAUUUUCUACGUCAGUGGUUAAAUGUCAACGAUUUCAAAUGAAUUCUGAAUCGUCUCAAGAGCGCCGUAAACAAGCUAUUGAUAGACUUCGAAAUUGGUUAGUUCACAGUCAACUUCCAUUGAAAUUUGCUGCAGGUGAUGUGAACGAUUCUAGUUACAAUUACGAUUAUACAAGUUACGAUCCGUCCACUUGGUUACCUUUAGUUCAUUACAAGCAAACAACACAUUCACAACUUGAUGAAAUGGCUAAUAAUGCUUGUAAAGCACAAAAACAGUGGAUUGAUUUACCAUUGCUAGAACGUGCCAAAAUUCUCAGAAAAGUCGGUGAUCUUGUUCGUGCUGAAACAAACUGGCUUGCUGAGUUAGAGACACUAGAUACUGGGAAACCACUUUGGGAAGCUCGGGCAGAUAUAGAGGCUUGUGCAGAUUCAUUUGAGCUAUUUGCGGGUUUUAUCCCAAGUUUUGUUGGGACUCAUUCUCCAGUCCCACCAAAUCCUAGCAGUUUUUAUUAUACUAGGAGAGAACCAUUCGGACUUUGUGCUGGUAUAGGAGCAUGGAAUUUUCCUUUUCAAAUGGCUGUAUGGAAAUCGGUUCCUGCAUUGGCCGCUGGAAAUUCCUUCAUAUUUAAACCAUCUCCUUUAACUCCAUUAACAGCUAUACGUUUAUACGAAUUGUAUAAACUUGCUGGAUGUCCUGACAAUCUUUAUCAAGUUGUUUUAGGAGGUGUUGAAAUCGGUCAAGCACUAGUAAAUCAUACAUUAGUUAGAAAAGUAUCAUUUACAGGAAGUGUUGCAGGCGGUCGGUGUGUACUUCAAUGUGCUGCUGAACGCAUUAUACCAAGUACGCUUGAACUUGGAGGAAAAUCACCAUUGAUCAUUAUGUCAGAUGCUAAUUUAGACGAAGCUGUUAAAGGCACUUUAAUGGCUAAUUUUUAUACUCAAGGACAAGUGUGUUCUAAUGCUGCUCGUGUAUUUGUUCAUAAAUCUAUUGCAACAUUAUUCACACAAAAACUUAUAGAAUCAGUUAAACAAAUAUUAGUUGGUGAUCCUUUUAAUCCAAAAGUUUCAAUGGGUGCUUUAAUUUCUCCUGAACAUAGACAAAAAGUAUACAAUUAUGUACAAUCAGCUAUUUCUGAAGGAGCCACUUUAUUGUUUGGUGGAGAAAAACCAGAAUUUCCAGUUAAUUAUUUAAAUAAUGAUAAUUUUAUUACACCAUGUAUUUUAUCUAAUUGUCAUGAUAAUAUGAAAGUUGUGAAAGAAGAAAUAUUUGGUCCAGUUAUUACUUUAUUAGAAUUUAAUUCAGAAGAAGAAGUUAUUCAACGUUCAAAUGAUAGUGAAUUCGGUCUUGCUGGAGGUGUAUUUACACAAAAUUUGGCGACUGCUCAUCGUAUAGCCUCACAACUACAAUGUGGUUCUGUAUACAUCAACAGUUACAAUGUUUACCCACCUGGUAUUCCAUUUGGAGGUUAUAAAUUGUCUGGAUUCGGUCGGGAAAAUUCAAUCGACACGUUAUUGGCUUACAGUCAAUUGAAAUCAAUAUAUGUAGAAGGUGGAUCACUUCCUUAUCCGUUCCCUGAAUGAUUCUAAUCAGUGAUUGGUCAAUCUUUAUUAAGAUUAAAACUCCUUUGAUUUCAAUGAUUUAUCUGAAUGGAUGACCAUUCCAUAUUUUAUUUAAUCAUGCUAGAAAUACUUAAUUAAUUUGUGUAAUUUUCUAUGGUCUUGAUUGAAAUUUUGCUAUGUGGAACUGAUCGUAAAAACCGUAAAUUCAGACUUCAUAUUUCCUACAACUUAUUCACAAAUUGCCUACGUAAUUUUGUCGAGGCAGGAUAUUAUAUACUUUAGUUUAGCUAUUUAGAAAAGAAUUAGGUACACUAUUGCAUAUAUUCAGUUUAUAAGCAACCCAAAGGAAUCACAGAGCAUCACAUAUAUUGAUCAUAAGUUUAGUUUGCUAACCGCUGAUUAACAAAUACCUACUACCUUGGAUAUCAUUUUAUAUAUAUGUGUAUAUAACAAUGUGCAUCUAAAAGUUCCUGCACCUAAUUUUAACAAAAUCAUUGAUGA